UGACGUCGGCCUUUCCCAUUUUUCCUGAAGCGCAUCCAUGCAAAGCGGCAGCGUGUCGUUCGACCAAGCGGCGGUGUUCAACAGUCUCACCAAGGGAAGAAUAGCGAGGCAGAACGUGCUAUUCCCCACGCAGGCGAUUGAGGAGCAGGCAGUUGCACUCGCGCCAGUGCCCCCCGAAAGCGCAGCCCUUGCUGCCCUGCAAGCCAAGCCCAACAAGGGCAUCAUCUUGAGCAAGACGGUCGAAUACAUCUCUCGAUUGCAAGAGCUGUCGCGCAAGCAAAUUCUGCGCAACCGAGACCUCGAGAGUGAGGUGAAACAGUUGCGCGAAAAGCACAAGCCCCUCCGACCAUCCAUCUCUAACACUGUGGAUGCACCUGAUCCGAAUAUGUUUGGCUACCAUCUCGAAGGUGGCGUCAACUUGAGGCUUUCAUAGUAUUUAUCUGCCUAUUCAUCGUUCUGUCUGACAAGCUACACGCCAGAAACACACAACGAUCUCUGCUGUUUGAACUCGCUU